AUGGCAGAGCGCCGCGUGUGCGAUACAUGCAAUGCCCGAAAGGUCCGAUGCGACAGGAACGAUCCAUGCGGCAACUGCCUGGACCAGAACACCACAUGCACUCGGAGCCGACGCAUGAGGCGUCUUCCAAAGCGAGAUCGCUCGCAGAUGCAAAGAGAUGCUCGUCAUGCUGAGUCAAAUUCGCACCGUCCUUUGGAUCGCGGCCAGGGCCAGGGCCAGACCCCCCGGCCUCCCGAAUCCAGCCUUCGGCGAUUGGGAAAUGACGAUGACGGGCUCCUCCGUGGUAUGCUGGAUGACCAGCAGCUCAUGCUUCUCGGGCAGUUCGACAUGAACAUGAACAUGACCGUGGGGUAUGGCCUGCAGAGCUGGAUGUCGAUCGUGCCUUUGACGGAAGCGCAGAUGAUCAAUCGCAGGCAGUUUGAUCACUCACAGGAUCUCAGUUGGACGAGGCAGCAAGCGCUGGAGAGUGCAUUGUCCGCGGCGGGUCGGAUAUUGGGGAGUAUGGAGAUGCGAUCGGAGAUGACUCCUGGUGAGGGCAGCGGGCAGCGGCAUAUUCCGUCGCUGGAGUUCUUGUAUUGGAUGCUGAAUGACAUCGGCAGCGAUAAAUUCGGUCCGUUCAUCUCAGACUACUUCAGACACGUCGGCAAGGAGGAUCUCAAGACAAUGGGCCUGGCCCUUCUGUUCAACACAGCCUCGUCGUCCGACUCUACGAUAUUCACCGUCUGCGUCAACUCAAUAGCAUUUAAAUUCCUCAACGCAACACUUGGCGCGGGAGCCGACGACAACGACGAAUUCGCCCAGCGGCUCAGUCAUAACGCCCUCCUCUACCGCGAGACAGCAAAGGCAGCUCUGCAAAGGAUACCCAUACUUGCCAAACCUUCAUUUCACCUGCUCCAAGCUCUCCUUUGCGGGAUCUUCUUGUACCAAGGGUCGGGCGAUACAACCGCCUGUCGUGAGCUGGCCAAAACCGCGUGCCGCGUCUGCAUGGAUAUAGGCCUGCAUCCGGCUGCGACGAAUCUUCAUAACGUCAGCGAGGCAGAGUACUACUGCUUCAUGUGGUGCUAUAUGCUAGAUCGGAACUACGCCUGGAAGUUCGGCGGACCUCGCAUUCUGACUGUCGAGCCAGACGUAGAUAUCAGCCCUCCGGCACCAACCAUCACCAUCUCAAACCUUAUGCACAUUUACCUCGACCUUGCCAAAGUCCAGGACGGAAUGAUCCCGUUCCUAAAUGACCCUGUUAAGGCAGCAAGGGACAAUGUCUUUCAGCCGGCCACCGGCGUCGGGGCACUCUACUUGCAGAAGAUGGAGGGUAUCCGGCGCGAUAUAAAUCAGAUCAAGGAGCCCUCCCCGAAUUGGAAAGGUCUCGACCCAGCCAGCGAGAUUGCAACCCUCAACUUCGCCUACCACUGCAUCCUUACGAACCUCCUACACCUCCGCCAGAUCGCCCUCGGCGAACCACCUACGGCUGGGCCUGCAGCCACAAGCACAGACACGGAUACCUACCUUGACUCGGCUCGUCGCGGUCUCCAGGCACUCAUCACCCUAUGCACAUCAGGCGAUAGACACAAGACAGUCGCUUAUUUACAUUGGACCCUCCUCUUCUACCCAAUAACAACCUGCAUCGCACUCUUCUGCAAUACAGUAGCGACCUCGCACACAGGCGACUUUGCAAUCCUCACAACCGUCUCGCACUGUCUAGCCCAAACCGGCCCACUAAGUCCACCCAUCGCCGCGAUGCAAAGCUUGCUGCAGGAGUUCGUGGCGCUGAGUCGGUGUUUCUUUCUUACUAUUGGCAAUGGCGAUGGGAGCGGCAGUGUAACUUCCGGUAUGGAUAUGGGUAUAUCGGGACAUGGGAUUGCCCCGCUACAACUGCAGCUGCCCGCUUCGACUCCUUUGCCCUCAGAGGCAGACAUUAAUGUUGACCCAAUGACGACGAUGCCGAUGCCGAUGCCAACGACGGGCGGGCUGGAUCCCCUUGCGCUGACGGCUACGGAUAUCAUGAACCUAGGUUUAUCGCUGGACGAUGGAAACAUUGCUGCACAGGACCAGGAACACGGGCAGCGGGAAUAUGGCCUCGAGGCCGGGACUGCGGGCUUCUCAAUCGACUUUGCUUAA